GAUCUACCUUAUAGAUCCAAUCCGGUCCAUGACGUCUACAACGCUGGCGAUCAUACUGAGACUGGUGGUAGUGAUAAUGGUGGUGGCUACUUAACUGGUGGUGGUGAUAAUGGUGGUGUUUAUCUAACUGGUAAUGGCGGUGGUUAUCUAACUGGGAAUGGUGAUGGUGGUGGUUACCUAACCUCUGAGGUUUGUGGCCAUCAAACUGGUGAUGGUACUGGUGGUCAUCAAUAUCAUAAGACCAAUGGGCUUACUCAAGUCACCUUCGGUCAUAUCUCUAACCCUAGUGUUAUGAGUGCUAAUUAUCUAAGUAGACAUGAUCUACACGGCAACGGUUGUUACGAUUGCCAGGGCCCUCAAGGGGAUUCCGGGAGAGCUGUUCAACGCUCUUCACCAAACUUUGGAGUCAAUGACCCCAACUAUGAUGUUCUACAUAGGCAUCAUCUAUAUGAGUCGGCAGCGAAUGCACCUACUGUCCAAGCCAGGGUGUGA